AUGCGAGACCUCGAUGGGUUCUUCAAGGAGGCAGAGAAUCCAGGCUAUGAGGGGUGGGAACCCUCGGACCAUCCAACUUGGCUGCUUCUUGAACUUGAACAAAACAUUACAAUUCGGAAACGUCAAGUGGAAGUCGCAGGUCAGAUGAUUCAACCAGAUUGUGAUGGAAAUGCACUCCUUCAGCUUAACAUGGGCGAGGGUAAAACUACUGUUAUCACGGGGAUGACGGUUGUACACCUGGCAGAUGGCCGAAUCCUUGUCAGGCUUAUUGUCUUGAAACCUUUACUGCGCCAAAGUGUAAAUGAUCUCUCUCAGCGACUUGGAGGCUUGAUCAAUCGUCGUAUCUACCAUAUACCUGUCUCCCGCAAUACCGAACUCGACGAUUCGACGAUUAGGAAGCUGCACUCAAUAUAUGACAAGUGUCUUCGAGAUAGGGGCAUUCUCAUUGCCCUUCCUGAACACAUACUGCCUUUCAGGCUCCUUGGUCUUGAUGCUGCAGAAAGCACUCCGAAUAUCUACCCUUCACUGAUCAAGUUCGAGCAUUGGCUACGACUAAACUGUCGAGAUAUCAUUGACGAAAGCGACGAGGUUUUAGACACCAAAUUUCAGCUUGUUUACACCAUGGGUACGCAGAAAUCCAUAGACGGUCUCGGCAGUCGUUGGGAAACAACACAAGACUUGCUUCACCUGGUAUCGACACAAGCCAAACGCCUGCAUCAGGAUGAUCCGAAUUGCAUUGAGGUGGAUCAGACAGGUUAUCGCUAUCCGCUUCUGCGGUUCUUGAAAGACGAUGCAAUUGGGCGACUAUUGCGUUAUAUCCUACAGGCGAUCUUGGAGAACGGGAUCCCUGGUCUACCUUUCAAUCAAUGGACUACAAAGGUCAAAAACAGCGCAUUGAAAUUCAUCAAAGACCUCGAGCUGAGCAAGGAGGAUGAAGCCACCGUUCGUGACGAAUUCAAGGAUGGUGUAUUUAUCACCAAGCUGCUUGUUCUACGAGGGCACUUUGCAUAUGGCUUACUCAGAUUCUCACUUGCCAAUAAGCGUUGGCUGGUGGAGUAUGGUCUUCACCCAUCGCGGUGUUUGAUGGCUGUGCCAUAUCAUGCGAAGGGUGUCCCGUCUGAGAAUGCGGAAUUUGGACAUCCUGACGUCGCAGUAACUCUGACUUGUCUUAGCUACUACUAUGAGGGGUUGCAAGUGAAGCAGCUGAGAACUUGUUUCUUGCUAUUGUCCAAAGAGAAUGACCCUUCAACGGUGUAUCACAACUGGGUCGCCCCAUGUGUUCACGAUCUGCCCUCCAGCCUGCGAACAUAUUCCGGCGUGAAUCUAGAGGAUGGCAUGACCUUCAAGAUGGUUUUGUUUCCAAUUCUUCGCUACCAGAAAGAGAUACUUGAUUUUUACCUCUCUCGGGUAGUCUUCUCCAGAGAAGCAAAGGAAUUCCCACGGAAGCUCUCGUCUUCGGCAUGGGAUAUUCCUGCACAGCGAGGUCUGCAAUUGACGACUGGCUUCAGCGGGACAAACGAUAACCGUUCUCUUCUGCCACUUUCGAUUUGCCAGCGGGAUCUCCCAGAUCUCCUGCACACAAAUGCCAUGGUUCUCGGCUAUUUGCUGCGAGAUUGCAACAGGCAGUGUGUCCUGGCGCAGGAUGAAAAGGGCCACCAGCUUGGUGUCGAUCAGCUCUUGAAGCUUGUGCUAUCUUGUGGUGAACGUUCAUCAACAGCGCAGCCUGUGCGAGUCUUGAUCGAUGUUGGGGCCCAAAUUCUGGAAGCAGGAAACCAAUCAGUUGCCGAGAAAUGGCUGUCAAUAACACCCGACGACGAGGUUAAAGCAGCCAUCUUUUUCAACGAAAAUGACGAACUCAUGGUGAUUGAUCGCGACGGACUUAUCGAGACUCUUCAGUCAUCUCCAUUCCGGCAAAGAUUGGGAGCUUGCUUGGUAUUCCUUGACCAACACCACUCGCGGGGUGUCGACUUGAAGCUUCCAGCCACGACCCGAGCUGCGGUCACCCUAGGGCCACGACUAACAAAGGACAAGCUUGUACAAGCCUGCAAUAGACUCCGUGGCCUCGCGAAGCGCCAGUCACUACUGUUCCUGGUGCCCCCCGAAGUGAGCCACAAUAUGAGGUCCCUGUUGGAGAUCUCAUCUGACCGUGACUUCACUUCGGCAGACGUGUUGAGGUGGUCCAUGCUCCAGACAUGCGAUGCUUUAGACAAUCUACGGCCGCUUUGGGCCAACCAAGGACUCCAGUACUAUCGGAAGAUCGCUCUUUGGGAUUUGCUCGUGAAAGACGUGAAAGAGAGCAAUCCCCCAACGCAGGUAGCAAUCGCUAUGCAAGAACCCGAGGGAAAAACGCUCCUACAGCACUACUUACCUUCCGAUGCUGACCGAGUGAGUGCCUUAGACGACAUAGCGCCCGAUGAUCCGAAUAUUGAAGAAGUCCGGGUACUAUUGGACGCUCUACGCUCUACUACAGGCCAGGCUGUGAGAUCUGCUUAUCUUCACGAGGAGCAAGAGAGAGAGAUUGCAUCUGAAGUGGAGCGAGAACGGGAGGUCGCCAGACCCCCAAAUUACAUUCCUCACAAGCAUCGACUUCACAAGGACAUCGUAUAUUUUGCCAAGUUCGGCAAGUUCCCUGGAGAUCAACCGUCCCGGUCUGCCCUUACUUUGGCAUUCGAAGGCCUAACCAACACAUCUGUUGGUGACACUGAAUAUCCAGAUGGGUUAGGGCCUGGGCUCUACGCAUCCUGGGAUUUUAUUCGGACUGUGCAAGUACGUGAGAAUGAUAUAGAAGAUGAGUUCUGCAAAGCACCACAUUGGGUUCUCUCAAGUGUGCAUAACAAUGAUCUACUCAUUGUCAGCCAAUAUGAGGCCAAUGCCGUCCUGCCUAUCAUUCGCCGAUCAACUCACAGCAGGCUGAACAUUUACACUGCACGGUUCACGAAGCCCAUGCGCUCCUUUGGGAAUCUGGAUUUCUUUGGCAUUGGUUCAGGCUGCCCCAUGCCGACUCAGAGAAUGAGAUGUUGCCUGGAGUUGUUUGCUGGAAGUCUAUACUUUGACAAUUUCGAGGAAUACAAGUAUUUCCGGGACUUCCUAGGGCUCCUGACUGGGCACUAUGAGAAUAUCCCUCAAGGAGGGAUUACUUCUGAGGGAUUUGUGAAGUUCUUCACCCGCUUUCGGCUCCGGUGGCCGCUCGAUUCACCCUUUAUGGUAAACCCUCUGCCCUUUUUGGCUGCUCUGGUGGACAUUCGAACCAGAGGAGGUGGCUAUCAGCAAUCCCAUGUUGGAUCUGUCAUCCGGGCAAUCCAGUUGACCCCGGAGACCUUUUAA